GCUAACUGUCCGAAAGCAUCACAGUACUCGGAAAACGGUACCAAGAUGAUGAAGGCAAUCCUUGUUCUCGCCCUUGUGGCAUCAGCUUUCUCCGCUCCGCAGCCAAGGAAGGACUUCCAUGAACAUGUCCAGGAGUUCAUUGACAUCAUCAUGGAGGAUGCUGGCCAUGACCUGGAGCACCUUCUUGAGCACUACGAGGAGUUCGAUGAGUUCUGGGUUGCCGUCAACUACAUGAGGACCAACAACUUCAAGGACAUCGUUUAUGAGAUGGAAUCGUUGCCCGAAUUUGUUGCUGUGAUCGACUUCUUAGAAAACGACAACAUUGAUGUCCACUACUUCCUGGACCUAUUCAACGACCUUCUUGUCAUCACAGAGUCCUCCAAGAAAUCGAAGCAAACCCGCCACACCCUCAGCGGCCGCGACUUCACUUCCUUCGUCAAGGACUCCAUCAGCGAGUUCCCCAAGGCCAAGCUCGCAGCGCUCUUCGACCAGAAGAUGAACGAGGACGAGGCUUUCAGGGUUGCCAUCGAGAACCUCCAGUCCGACGAGUGGGACCAGGUCUUCGGAGCCCUUUGGGACAGCCCUGUCUUCCAAGCUGAGGUCAAAACCCUCUCUGAGAACGGCAUCGAGAUCUCAGUUCUGCUGGAUGAACUCAAAGCCAUUUUUGGACAGUAAACAAAGCCCUGUUUGAACUGGGUAAAAAUAAAAUAGAAUCUUUUUUCUAUUGGGUGUCGUAAGAUCUAUAAUGAAGACACAAUGUUGUAUAUAUGUGGGUAAUAAAAUAAUAUAUGUCACAAACAAA